ACAGGACUGGAGCCGGGGCCCCCCGUUGUCAGCGACUCGGAGGAUGACGACCUGCCCUGGCGCUUUGCCCGUCGAGACGCUGCCUCGCCCCGAGUCGUGCCAGAGAGCGACCCGGAGGAACCAGAUGUUUGCCCAGAUGUUCGCCCCCCCCGAAAACGCCGGCAUACCCCCAGGCCAGGCCCCCACCCAGAUGUGGCCUCACCCUGCCCAGAUCCAGACUUCAGAGGACCCAAAAAGCGUCGUUUUGGCCCCCAAACCACCCUGGAUCCAGAUGUGAGGAAAAAAUCAGCUCUUCCAAAUGUUCAGCCCCAAAAUCACUCGCUGAAUCACCCAAAGGUUGCAAAUCCAGAUGUGAAACACCUGGAAGGCAGCAACCUGACUCUCGCCGUCGAGAGCGAUACGGAUGGCGAGGCACCCCCAGAAACUGCUUUUUUUCACCCAAAGUGCCACCGGGCUGCCCUGGAGGUGAGCAGUGAGCCGGAUGUGCUGGAAAGAGACAUGAACCCAGAUGUUGGAGCUGCUAAAAAUGGAUGCCAGCUGCUUGUGGUGGACAGUGACACAGAUGUGGAGGAGGCCGAGGCCCUUCCAGAUGUUGUGUGCCCCGAAAGACAUAGAACGGCCCCAAACGUGCCCAAAAAAAGGGGUGUGGGGAUGGAAACAGCAAAUCCAGAUGUUGGAGGUGCUAAAAAUGGAUGCUGGGCACCCGUGGACAGCGAUACAGAUGUGGAGAUGGAGAAUGCAACGUCAGCUGUUGAAGGGCCCCAAAACGGACAUCGGAUGCUCGUGGUGGACAGUGAUACAGAUGUGGAGAUGGAGAAUGCAAUGUCAGCUGUUGAAGGGCCCCAAAACGGACAUCAGAUGCUCGUGGUGGACAGUGAUACAGAUGUGGAGGAGCAGAGCACCAGGCCAGAUGUUGGAUGCCCCCAAACCCCUCAAACGACCCAAAAUGAACCAAAACCCGAAAAUACGGAGAUGGAGACCCACGAUGCAGAUGUUGAAGGGUCACAAAAGGGACAGCAGAUGCUCAUGGUGGACAGCGAUACAGAUGUGGAGGAGAAUGGAGCCAAUCCAGAUGUUGAGUACUCUCAAACCCAUCAAACGACCCCAAAUGUACCAAAACCCCAAAUCGAUGAGAUGGAGAUGCAAAAAGCAGAUGUUGAAGGGUCACAAAGGGGUCAUCGGGUGCUUGUGGUGGGCGGUGAUACAGAUGUGGAGGAGGACACUUCCCAUCCAGAUGUUGGAGGUCCACAAAACCACAGAACAGCCCCCCAAGACCCAGGUGUGAAGGCAGAGACCCCAGAUGUUGAAGAGCGACAGCCUCUCCUGGUGGAGAGCGAUACAGAUGUGGAAGAGGACACUUCCGAUCCAGAUGUUGGGACUCCAAAAGCCCAUCCAGCAACCCACAAUGUACCAAGACCCCCGCAGGUGGAGGCGGAGACUCCGAAUCCGCGUGCCAAAGGACCCCAAAACGACCGUUGGACGCUCGUGGUGGACAGCGAUACAGAUGUGGAGGAGAAUGAGGGGAAUCCUUGUGUUGGGCGUCCAAAAAUCCAUAGAAUUACCCACCAAGACCCAGAUGUGGGGGUGAAGAACCCAAAUCCAGAUGUUGGAGAACCCCAAAAUGCACAUUACGUCCUAGAGGCAGAUAGUGACACGGAUGUGGAGGGCGACAGCCCGAGGCAACGUGUUCUUCUCCCAAGAAGCCACAAAACACCCCAAAACACCCGGCAAGACCCAACUGUGGUGAUGGAGACCCCAAAUCCAGGUGUUGGCGGCCUCAGCCAUGGCUCGGUGGCCUCCAGUGGUGACAGCGAUACAGAUGUGGAGGACCUCAACCCCCUUCCCGACGUUGGAGGUCCAAAAGCCCAUGGGACAACCCCUGAGGUCGUGGAUACAGUUGCUAAGAUGGCCGCUGCUUCAGAUGUGGACCCCCAGGGGCCGCUGGGGACCAAGGACGAUCCAGAUGUGAAGGUGACGCGCCCAGCUCCAGAUGUUGGAGCCCCCAAAGCCCAGUCCCCAGUCCUGAACGUGGACAGUGAUACAGAUAUUGAGGACGAUGGCAGCGUUCCAGAUGUUGGGACAGUGCAAGGGUGUGAAGGGGCACCUGGUGGCCCAGAUGUGGCGGCGGCACCCCCAAAUCCAGAUGUUUCCUCUCCCGCAAGCCCCGGGGAUGGCAGCGACACCGACAUGGAGGAGGUGGCCCCCACUCCAGAUGUUCGGAGUCUCCGAAGCCGAAUCCGGAGUCAAAAUCGGCUCCGUCCAGAUGUUGGAGGCCCCACCAUGGGCAGCGACACCAAUGUGGGGGAAAGAGACCCAAACCGAUGGCAAUCAUCCCCCAAACGGCAAAGUUUGUCCCCAGAAUCCUGCGGCAACACCAGCGUGGAAGAAAUGGCCCCAAACCAGCCCGAUUCAGCCCCAAAUGCAGACGUGGAGGCCCCCAAUCCAGAUGUUGAGGCCCGGCAGCGCGACGGGGAGAGCCCGGGGAGGGGCACGGAUCCAGCUGUGCCACCAGAUGUUUCCGCCCCCAAAUCCCCACCUCUGGCCCGGAAUUUGGGUGGCACCGGCGAUGCCGAGGGUGGACCCAGGAGCGGUGGGGAUGUGGGUGCGGCGGGGACGGGGAGCGACACCGACGCCGAGGAAGUCCCCGACCUCUUCUUGGAGCCCACCCAGAACUUCCUGCCACCGGCGGCUGAGGAGGUGUCCCCCUGGUGUCCCCACAUCCCCAUGUUCUGUUUAUUGGUAUGGUGGCCACCCCAAGGGUGUCCCCAAUGCACCCCCAUGGUGUCCCCACAUCCCCAGGUGCUGUUCACAGGGGUGGUGGCCUCCCCGGGCAUGGAGGUGGCCCUGAAGACACUGGGGGGGUCCAUGGCCACCUCUGUCUUCGACUGCACCCAUCUGGUGACCGACCGUGUCCGACGCACCGUCAAGUUCCUCUGCGCGGUGGCCCGUGGCAUCCCCAUCGUCACCCCCGAGUGGCUCCACAAGAGCGCCCACAGUGGCCGCGUCCUGGUGCCAGGUCCCUUCCUGGUGCGUGACAGCCAGCAGGAACGUCACUUCGGCUUCAGCCUGGCCCAGGCCCUGCGCCGCGCCCGCCGCCACCCCCUGCUCCAGGGCUAUGAGGUCCACGUCACCCCCAGCGCCCGCCCUGAGCCUGAGCACAUGAAGGACAUCGUCACCUGCAGCGGUGGCACCUUCCUGCCCACCAUGCCCGACACCUACGGGGUGAGGGGACAGGCCCCCAGCAGCCACGGUGGCCUCGAUGUCCUCGAGGAGGCGCCGCAGGUGGCAGUAUCCUCUGCAGUCUCCUGA